CUGAUUGGACUUCCCGUGCCGACCCACCGCUGUGCGCACACUUAGAUCACCUCCGAGCAUUGUGCAGAGAUCAAAGGCAGAUUCUGGGAGGUCACGCUGGGAAUAGGCAGGAGAGAACACGAGGGAAAUCUCGGUUUGCACGCACACCUCGGCAAUAGCAGGAGGAUUAGAGGGAGAAAAGUCACAGUCCGUCAGAGAAGACAGGGAAACGAGGGGAACACGUAGAGCCCCAGUCGGAAGGCGCGCAACGUUGUUUUUUGCGAAACAGCGUCUUCUCUCUCUCUCCCUCUCUCUCUCUCCACUCCGCGGAUUUUCUCCACAUACUGGUGAUGACUGAGGUGGCUUCUCCGUGAUAUUUUGCCGCCGGUGCCACCUCGCCACGCACAGCGCCGGUUGCAUCGCAGCUCGGAGCAUGGCAAGGACACCUCACACGGUGAGAGAAGACAAUUCGUUCCUCCGGUUUCCAAAUUAAAUCAUUCCCGAGGCGCCAGGAUGGUUUGACAUACAUUCAAAGAGAGAAAUAGCCUUCAAACGUGGGCGCAUGAGGACGGAGGGGAGUUAUGAGAUGCCAACCUGCACGUCAGGGACAAUUGGAGAGGAUGGAGACCUGAACGGUGCGAAGCUUCUUUUGAAGAAAUAAUUUACAUUCCUCACCGGAGAGGAGGAGGUGUGGCUGAACGUUUUGGUGGCACAUGGAUGGAUGACUUUUGUGCAAAGAUAGGAACAGGAGAAAAGAGCCAGGAGUGCGCGUAACUUCAUCUGUCCUACACGUGACCAAUCACCGAAUAUCAAGUCAUUCUUUGCGCCUUUAAGUAGCAGACUUUACGUGCGCUCUUGUGGAACUCGGGGUAGGUGCGCUCCAUGUUUCAUUUAGGACACACCGGUACCGACGGUACCUGCGGGACAUAAUAAUAAUAAAAAAAAACACACACACAUACAGUGAAACAGUCAGUGAUGCCGGACACAUUGGCACUCAUAAAGAACCGGACAGAGCCGCGGCUGGGGCAGCUGGAACGCACCCUGGCCGUAGAGGGGAGCGCCCGCCCCGCCUGGGUCAUUGCAAUCCUGGCCAGUGUUUUGAUUUUCACCACGGUGGUGGAUGUGCUGGGGAACCUGCUGGUGAUCAUCUCGGUGUUCAGGAACCGCAAGCUGAGGAACUCUGGCAAUGUGUUUGUGGUGAGUCUGGCAUUUGCUGACCUUGUGGUAGCCUUCUACCCCUACCCCCUGGUUCUCUACGCUCUCUUCCAUGAUGGAUGGGCGCUGGGAAACACACAAUGCAUGGUCAGUGGUUUCCUUAUGGGGCUGAGUGUCAUUGGUUCCAUUUUCAACAUCACUGGGAUUGCAGUGAACAGAUACUGCUACAUCUGUCACUCAUUCUCUUACAGUCGGCUGUACAGCUACCGCAACACUUUACUCUUUGUUGCCUUAAUUUGGCUGCUCACAGUAGUGGCCAUUGUCCCGAAUUUCUUUGUUGGCUCCCUACGAUAUGACCCAAGGGUCUACUCCUGCACUUUUGCUCAGAAUGUCAGCAGUUCCUACACGGUGGCAGUUGUGGUGGUUCACUUCCUGGUUCCCAUUGCAGUGGUCACCUUUUGUUAUCUCCGCAUUUGGGUCCUUGUGAUUCAGGUGCGGCGUAAAGUGAAGACUGAGGAGAGCCCUCGCCUCAGACCAAGUGACUUGCGAAACUUCAUCACCAUGUUUGUGGUAUUUGUGCUGUUUGCCAUCUGCUGGGCCCCACUUAACCUGAUCGGCUUGGCGGUGGCAAUAGAUCCGUCUCGUGUGGCUCCCCGCAUCCCAGAGUGGCUUUUUGUGGUCAGCUACUUCAUGGCCUACUUCAAUAGUUGUCUGAACGCCAUCAUCUAUGGUUUACUCAACAGGAAUUUCAGGAAUGAGUACAAACGCAUUGUCACCUCUGUCUGGGUGACUCGGCUUUUCGUCACAGAGACUUCGCGAGCCGCCACAGAUGGCAGGAGCUUGAGGAGCAAGCAGUCGCCACCUCCGCCGCUCAACAACAACGAGUCAGUCAGAGAUCGCGCCAACAAAGAAUGAAAUUGGACCCCUGAGCCUAUUACAUGGUAAUUCCUGUUUUGAUAUGUGAUAUCCAGGCAGAUGUGCAGCUAAAGAGUAACAAGAAACACAGGAAACUGAAAGACAUGGCUUCGUUUUCCAGUACUUUGCAGUAGAGAUGUGAAGCAUUCUAAUUAGCAUGCUGACUUUUUGAAAGUUUGGUGUUUUGAAGAUUAUUUCAGAAACUUUUGAAGUGCUAGAUGAGGAUGGUUUUUCAAACUGUGAUUUGCAUUAACAGAGCAAACCCUUUAGAGAAGAUACUAUUAUAUGUCUGGAGGGGAGAACUGAGCCAUGCAUUGAAGUUUCAUGUUGUUAUUACUCUAACAAUCUGAAUGGUACAUAAAUAUUACAUUAAAAAAUGUGAUAUCCUUUAAUGUCUGCUGCUGCAGACUCUUACAAAUAUUUCAGAAAACCGAGUAACCACUGGUAAACGUACACCUCUCUUUAGUAACUUCAAAAGCCUCAAAUAGUACAAAUCGCCUCAGAUGAAUGCUACAUUAGUAGAAGAGAAGAUAAUGUCUGUAUGUCGACAGUAUUAUAUCAGUUUGAAGGAAUUUUACAUGGUCAAAGUGGUCAGACUUACACACUAAGCCUAAAUGCUGCAGUAGCAUCUCCUUAAUACUGCCUGGUCUGACCCUCUUGCACUGUAAAGAACGAAACACAAAAACUUAGUAAUAAACAUCAUAAAUUCAGGAUGUUAAUUCACUGACGGAUGGCACAAACCGAGUCAUGAGCAAAACUAGCACCAAAACCAUGUGAUGUGUGCUAAUGAACAUGUCUGUUUUUGUUUUUGAAAGUCCCAGAACAAACAUGCAUGUGUUGUAGCAGGCGGAGGAUGCCUACAUGUCUACUAUUGCUGCUGCAACCAUCAGUUGACAUAUCACCUGUACUUCAAAAGCAACUGAAACUUUCUUGCAAUACCAGCACAUAGAAUAAAGCGCCACUUUCCGAGCCAAGACUUUGAUUUUGAGAACAUCAGAAGAGCAUUUACUCACAAUAUUUAGGUAAAAUUUUGCACUUAAAUAUUUCAAUAUUAUGCAACUGAUUCACAAGCAGUCAAGGUAAAUUACAGUACCUCUAGCUACCAGAUGCAAUAUUCAAGCAACAGAUUUUCAUACAUCAAAAGUUAGAAUCCAAUAAUAAUGAUGCUGGUCCUUCUGUACUUUUGCUUUGACAGAAGAUCUUAGUAGUUUUCCCACCACAGCAGAGCAGGACAGUUUGACAAAAAGACUUCACAGAGGGACACCACAAGUCAAUACACUAAUAUCAGCAUAUUAGCAGAGCAAUAAACCGUUCAGUCCCAGCGAAAUAACCAAAUGCAGCAGCAAGGAUGAUUCUUCAUGCACUCUAAUGCUUUGCUUUGCAAUUCAAAACACAGUAGGUGUCAAAAUCCACAAUACCCAACAUCAGUUGCAUCUGAAAAUGAUAGAGUCGAGUGAGCAAGUUCCUCACCUUGGCACAUCCAUAUUUAAAGAAGAUGUCACACUAUAUUACCGAUUUACUGUAAACGAUGCUGCUCUACAGUACACAUGAUAAAAGACCUAAGCUACACAACAAGUUCAAAAUGUUCUCCUGCCUUUUACAUUAGAAAACCUCCAGCCCCUAGAAAAAGAGAAGUGGAUGAACACAUUUACUGAACAAGCAGCAAGCAAUACAGACUGUGCACAGGUUCCUCCGCCUCCUAUACAAUAUGCUGUAUAGUAUGUGGUAGUCUUAUGCAGUGGUGAUUCUUACUCUUCAUUCUGAAAUACUUAUGCAAAACUUUUGCUUUUCAUUUCAUGUGUACUUUAUCCUUGUCAAUCAAUAUAGUUCAUUUGUUUUCUAAUUAGAAAAGAAAAACCUAAUCACCAGGGACAUAUUUUGAUGCUUUCACUGUGGAAAUAUAACAAAGAGUACAUUAUAGGAAGUGUCAGGAAUUUGACAGAAGAGUGUCAUUUAUUGCCUCUUAACUGAAGAGCAUUUGAAACAAUGUCAGUUGUUGAGAAGGUAAAGCUCAUAUCUGUAUUCCCAUCUCAGGGUGCCUACCGAACAUUUUGUUGUGAUAUACAGUUGUCUGAAACAUUUGCAGUUUAUCAGCUGCCAUAUGAGGAAGGCUGAAGACAUUUCAGUGGGAUAUUUUGUAAAUUAGUGUCAGUGUGGUUUUUAACUGUGAUAUAUUGUUAUUGGAGAUGUACUCAAAAUGUGUUUUUUAUAUAUAUUUGAAGCUCGAUAACACCACGCAAUUAACAGUUUAUCACCAGAUAAUAUGUAACCUCUCUUCCCAUUAACUCUACUACAGUUGCAAAGUGCAUCUAAAACAACCUCUUGCUUAAUUGGCACAUAUAUUGCAUCACUACAAAUGCAUUUGGUUGCCAGUGUAUAGUGAUGGACGCAACUUUAAAUUGCACAAAUCAAAUAUCCAGGAAGGCAAAAUAAGCUGCGCAUUAAAAAUGUAAUGGUUUUCUUUUUUCUUUUUGUCUUUAAAAUUUCUAUUUUAUUUUGCACUACAUUUGUGUGUUCCUAUACAGGGUAUAAUGUGCAAAGCCAUAGAUCAGGAAUGGUUCCGUAAGAGACGCAAAGCUCAAAGUCAGAUUAUAAAUAUUCAUGGAAUAGGACAGAUGUGAGAGCAUUGCAAACAGAGAAGGAAUGUUUGGAAGCAAACAAUGACAUUUGUGGUGCAGAGAAAACAGGGGUAUAAUAAGUUUUUGUUGAAUUUAAAUAAACAUCGGGAGUGACUAUGCUCUCCUGACAGCAGAGGUUUCAGGAAGGUCAUUUUACCAUUAGGGAGGCAGAAGUGGUGUCCGGGUCGCUCGAGGGAAGAGAGAGCUGCACAACAACAAAACCUAAAAAAUAAAAUAAAAAAGUGCAGAGAAAACUAACGUUGAAGCAUCUGGAGAGUGUUUUAGAUGCACUUGGAGAGGAGCUAAGACUUCAAUUUAAACCAAAGACAGGGGUAUAGGGGGGUGAGGUGUAAAUACACUUUGUCAUGAUGUUCCUGGGGGGAAAUCUUUAAAACACCUUGGGUCCCUUAAAGUGUUUUUUUCCCCAUUCAAACUACUGCCUUACAGUUAUUACAACAGUGUCAAAUUUUAAAAUAUUACGGCAAGUGCCAUACUUUCUAUUAAUAAUGAACCCAUUCAGCAAACCUGGUUUGCCUCCAUACUGCUUCUUUUAUGUAUUCAGGACAGUUGUCUAUAGAAGGUUUUCUCUACAGCGUUACGCUUAAGUUCAAAUGCAGACCUCAGGCAGGAAACUCAACUGCUGAAACAGAAGAACAAAUAUUAUCUUUUUCUCCUUUGUGUUUUCUUUCUAUAUACCCUAUGGCAAAAUUACGUAACUGUGUAAUUAAAAUGCUGUUUCCCAUCACAUAAGGCACAACCUCACAGCUUUAGUUUUAGAACCAACCACUCGGCUGCAGUUUCUUAUUGGGCUUCACUGCAUUCCAAUAAGGUAACUGUUCCGUUCUCGACAUCAUAAAACAAAUCAUGUUUUAGUUGUUAAAUUGGAAAGCUGUCAGUAUUAAAACGGUCACAAACCAUGAUCUUUAGUGCCUGGCUAUUCUGUGAGCUCCCUGUUUAAAUAAAGAAAAUGUAUGCUGAUGUUUGAUUGCCAUGCUGGACUAUGUUCAGAGUUGCUGCAGCAAAGUGUUGUUAGUGUGUCACAACUGAAGCUAAUGCUGUGCUCGUGCUAUGUAGGACUGUAAAUGAAUCAAAACAUCAUUUUAUUUCUGAAUCCAGAUAAAAAAAACAAUGUGUACCUAUGUUUAUUUUAUCAUUAAGAGUAAAUUUUAAAAGGAACUUUGAAUUUACUUAUUAAUGAUGUAAAUACAAUUCUGCCUCAAAAAAAAAUAAACAAACACAAGGAAGUAAGCAGUGAAGGUUGUCACUCUGUUUUUCCAUUGGAAGAUGAAAGCUGAGGUUUCUGUGUGUUACUAAUCCUUUCCGGUGCUGCAUUCACUGAGGUGACACACGCUCUGUCUGCCUAUCAAAUUUCUGCAUUAUGUUGUUGACGUCCCUCUCACACCCUCCCCAAACGCCACAAGCAAUAUUCAUGCAUGGCUGACAUCCUGCUAAAGGAAGAAUUCCCUGAUAAUUUUGACUUUUUAUUUCCGCCAUGUGGUCGGUGGAGAAAAAAGUAGCUUAAGAGCAGCUUUGCAUUUCAAAAGGCGUAUACUCGAUCGCUACUUUAAACAUGGUUGCUUCACACGCCAGAGAUGACAAGAUAUCCUGAAAUUACAGAACCUGAUGAAGUUCGAAUUUAAGAAAAUUUGGUAAAUUAACACACAAGGAUGAGGCAUGUUUAUAUACAGUUGCUCAUCAUAGUGUGGAAUACUCCAUAGCUUUUAUAUCAGUGUUACUGUGCGCUUUACAAAAACUUAUAGGCAGGAAUAAGAGAAUAAUAAUUUAGACACUGAUUCUGAGCUACAUGGCUUGACACAGACGAGUGAAACAUAUACUAAGUUUUAAUAGGCUGAAGGAUGCAGGACUAACCUUUAAUUUGAUCUGGAAAACCUCUCUACAGUAUGCAUUUGUGUGUGUGUGUGUGUGUGUGUGUGUGUGUGUGUGUGUGUGUGUGUGUGUGUGUGUGUGUGUGUGUGUGUGUGUGUGUGUUUAAUGGAUUAUGCCAUAGCAUGGCAACAACAGCUGACAGCUAAAGACAGAAAAGGAUGCAACACUGAUCAAAUUAUGCACAAGGUACCUUCACAAAGAUGAAAAUAAAAUGAUAAGCCUUGAGAACAUAAUUGAAUGCACUCACGGCUUACUGUCGGAAAAUCCAACUACAGAAAAGCGGGGAGACGUAGUUGCGUAUGCACCUCCUGUCGAGUUUGCAAACAAGAAAUAAAUCUAGCCUGUUUGAAACAGUGACUGUGAAAACAUUAAUUAGAAAAAAAAGGCCAUUAGACAUUUGCUAAGCACAAGUGCUUUUUCACCUGAUUAAUAUUUACACUCAACGGCCACUUAAUUGUCUGCAGCUCAUUAGCCACAGGUAGCCUUUCUGUUUGCCUGCUGCCUGUAACCUUUGAGGCAUGAAUUAAAGCAUAUCUUUGUAAUGUUACACACGUCCUGUUCAUGAUGACCUGAUGCUGUUACAGAACGUCCAUUUGAAAGAUCUGGGAUUCAUAACAGAAAUUGAGUGUGUAUCUUUAUGUCAUAAACGGCUCUUGUGAAAAAGAAAAAAAAAAUAUUUGUAAUGCUUUACUACUUUCUGGCGUAAAGAGGCACCAGAUUAAACAAGACAAUUAAAAUGUUGAAAACUGUUGACUGAACUUGCAUUUCAGGCGUUUAGCCACUUGACUACUUGUGUCAUGAUAAAUGUCUUCUGUUCCAGAGGCCGUGUGAAUGUGCAUGCUUGUCUGAUCCUAUUUAUGAGUGAUGCUCAUUGACAAGAUUUCAGUAACAGGGACAGGCUGGGACACCAAGAGGAUCCCACCAAAGGGAAAUCUGUGGAAUGUAAUGGAAUUUAAAAUUUCAAAACUCAAAAGACUUGGUUGGUGACAAGGAGUCUCAUCAAAAUGAACUGUGUAAAAAAAAAAAAAAAGGGAAAAAAAAGAAAAGAAAAACAUGCAUUAUGUGUACAGUUCUCCUGAAACGCAAUGUUAUGGAAAAUAAAAUGGACAUGUCAUACUU